GGGAGGACGAGGACCUGGGGCUGCUGCCACUGCUGACUGUAGAGUGGACUGGCAGUAGUCUGCUACAGCAUUGAGCAGCGGCAGCUGCCGACUGAUCCAACAAGAAUCCAAUUCCUUCGCCGCCCGUGGCUCGUCUCGUCUGGUACAAAUAAUACUCCGUGUCUGCGCGCAUCCCCUUGGUUCAUUCUCCGGCUAGCUCGGGCUCAGGAGCCAGUAUCGUAUCCUAAUAACAAGGUGCAGCUAUAUAAAACCGAGCUGCUCGGACAUACCCGCACCAAAAGGACCCAACAUAUACAAAAGGCCAGCCAGCGGAUCGAGCCUCGCGAACCAAAGCCCAGCUCGUGCGCGCGGCGCGCACCGCCCAGCUCCGAUCCCUCCCUUCUUCCUCCUCGAUCGACCUCUAGCUCCGUGCUCACUGCCGCGCGCAUAUAUGAACUGCUAGCGCGCGCCGCAGCAGCUAGCUGGAAGGCGAGAGGGAUCGGUGAGGUCCGCGCGCAAGCGGCGACAGUGAUCGAUCGAUGGAGACCAUCAAGUGCUGCAUCGCGUGCAUCCUGCCGUGCGGGGCGCUGGACGUGGUGCGGAUCGUGCACUCCAACGGGCGCGUGGAGGAGAUCAGCGGGGGGCCCGUGCUGGCCGGGGAGAUCAUGAAGGCGUACCCCAAGCACGUCCUCCGGAAGCCGCCGUCCACGUGCCCCGCCGACGGCGGCGCCAUCGUCGUGCAGAAGCCCGUCAUCCUGCCGCCCAAUGCCGAGCUGCAGAGGGGCAAGAUCUACUUCCUCAUGCCGGUCAUGGCCACCGCCCCGGCGCCCGCGCCCGAGAAGCCCGCCGCCGCGAAGCAACAGCCGCCGCCGCCGCCCGCCGGCCAAACCACAGCGGCGGCUGCUGCUUCGGUGGCGAGGAGGCGACGCCGGAGGAAAGACCAUCCCGCCGCACGGGACGGAGGAGCCGCCGCCGCCUGCAGCAGCAGGGCCGCGGCCGGGCUGGCGCCCGCCCCGGCGGAGGACGAGAAGGAGCGGCUGCUGGCCAACGAGAGGUACCUGUCGGAGAUCAUGAAGGAGAAGGCCUCCACGGCGAGGGACCGGCGGCGGGGGCGCGUCGCCGUGUGGCGGCCGCACCUGGAGAGCAUCACCGAGGAUGACUUGUAAUCAAGCAUUCAAGCAAGGUGUCUUUGUUUCUUUUUUUUUUCUUUCUACUCCCACCUUUUCUAUCUCUCUCCAUUUCUUUUGGGUUUUCAUUGCUACGUACUGGAGUAGUAGUAGUAGUGGUAGUUUCCUGGCUUUCUCCUUUGUUAAUUCCUCCUGCUUUGCCCUUUGGCCUUUAUUUUUUGCCAUCUUUUCUCCGGCCCGUCUCCUUUAGACCACCACCAUCAUAAUCCUCAUCUCCCCUGCUCGGCCUCCUUUACAAGAUGAAUCAUGUCCCUGUGAAGAAAAAGAUACAAUUUUUGCCAUGUUCCUUCUCUUUACAGCAAUUGAUGGUUUAGGUAAUGAAGUUGUAUAUUAUCAAUCAAUCCUCUGUUGUUGAUAGAUUGUGCAUGCGAGUAUAUAUAUUUUUAUCUAGCAAAAGAAAGAGGUGUACUGUAAAUCGCAUGAAUGAAUACAUGGGUCUUCUUCUCC